CCGCUACCAUAAAUAAGAACUCCAAAAAUUUAAAACAAAAUCCGCAACUGAAAAGUGAAAACCAAAACUAAAAAAUCAAAAGCCGUUCUCUUCUGCUUCGAUCAGUACUCCACGAUCUACAAUGGCCAGGAAGUUCUUUGUUGGCGGAAACUGGAAAUGCAAUGGAACCAGCGAAGAAGUGAAGAAGAUAGUGUCAGUCCUCAACAAUUCCCAAGUACCUUCAUCUGAUGUUGUUGAGGUUGUUGUAAGCCCUCCAUUUGUGUUUCUCCCUCUGGUGAAAAGUACGUUGAGGCCUGAUUUUCAUGUCGCGGCUCAAAAUUGUUGGGUUAAGAAAGGAGGUGCUUUCACCGGUGAAGUCAGUGCCGAGAUGCUUGUGAAUCUGGAUAUUCCCUGGGUCAUUCUUGGUCACUCCGAAAGGAGAAGUCUCCUAAAUGAAUCAAAUGAGUUUGUGGGGGAUAAGGUUGCAUAUGCACUAUCUCAAGGGUUGAAGGUGAUAGCUUGUGUUGGUGAGACUCUUGAGCAGCGGGAAGCAGGAUCUACCGUGGAGGUUGUUGCUGCACAAACCAAAGCAAUUGCAGCGCGAGUAUCAAACUGGGCUGAUGUUGUCUUGGCCUAUGAGCCUGUGUGGGCUAUUGGCACAGGGAAGGUUGCAACUCCUGCUCAGGCACAGGAGGUGCAUUAUGAACUGAGGAAAUGGCUUCAAGAAAAUACCAGCCCUGAAGUUGCUGCGACAACCAGGAUUAUUUAUGGAGGGUCGGUUAAUGGUGCAAACUGCAAGGAAUUGGCAGCAAAACCUGAUGUUGAUGGCUUUUUGGUUGGUGGUGCUUCUCUAAAGCCGGAGUUCAAUGACAUUAUCAAGUCUGCUGAAGUGAAGAAAAGUGCUUGAGUUGGAACCAGGCAUGGUGGUGAAUCUUUGAUGCUUAUGUUUGAGGAGGUAUUUAAUCCAUCAUGUACAAUUUUAGACAUGUUUUCGAGGAAAUAAGUUCUCGCUCUUAUGUAACAAGAACAUCACUUUAACUGGCUUUAUGUUUGGAUAUAGCCAGCUGUUUUCCUACCACCGCCGUUUACAUUUUGAGUUCCUGGUUACUUCCAUGCUUUUAA